UUUACCAUGCAUAAAGAAAGGAGUAGUUUCAAUUACAAAACACAGACCAUACUUCAACUACGAAUUAAUUAAGCUAUGGAACAAGAGAUGAAGGAUUUCUUAAGUUCACUCCCUGAAGGAUUCGUUGCGGAAGCAUUGGCUCUCACCAGUCCAAGAGAUGCUUCCAGGUUGUCAUCCGUCAAUUCUUUUUUCCGGUCCGCUGCCCAGUGGGAUUCAGUUUGGGCAACCUUUGUGCCACCAGAGUGCCUGCCCGAGGCAAUAGACGGUUCGAUGAGGGAGGUAUUUCUACGUCUUUGUGAUCACCCCAUCAUCAUUGAACAAGGAAAUAAGGAACAGAGUUUCUGGUUGGAUAAAUGGACUGGAAAAAAAUGUUACAUGUUGGCUGCUAGACAACUGUCAAUUGCUUUGUUUGACUCCCCUACUUGUUGGAGAUGGACAUCUAUGGAAAAAUCUAGAUUCACAGAAGUGGCUGAACUUAUCAAUCCGUGCAAUGGAAGUCAUAGGCAAUGUCAACACUUCCAUCUUAUCUCCGAAGUCCGAACACAACAUAUGUAGCUCAACUUGUCUUUA